AGUCUUUUCGCUCACGUUAACGACCAUCUUUCCUUUUCACACACCACCGGGCCCCGCGCUCCUACGCAUCAAAAACACCGCCACUUUUCUCUCCUUUCCAACGCCAUGCCGAUCCAGAAGGUCCACGCCCGCGAGGUGCUCGACUCCCGUGGCAACCCCACGGUGGAAGUGGAGGUGACGACGGAGGCGGGCAUGUUCCGCUCCGCCGUGCCGUCCGGCGCGUCGACCGGCGUGCACGAGGCGUGCGAGCUGCGCGACGGCGACAAGGCGCGCUACAUCGGCACCGGCUGCCUGCAGGCGGUGAAGAACGUGAACGAGGUGCUUGCCCCCGCGCUGGUGGGCAAGGACGAGGCGGACCAGGCUGGCCUGGACAAGAUGAUGUGCGAGCUGGACGGGACGAAGAACAAGAGCAAGCUCGGCGCGAACGCGAUCCUUGGCUGCUCGAUGGCGAUCAGCAAGGCCGCUGCGGCGAAGGCGGGCGUGCCGCUGUACAAGUACAUCGCGCAGCUGGCGGGCACGAAGGAGAUCCGCCUGCCGGUGCCGUGCUUCAACGUGAUCAACGGCGGCAAGCACGCCGGCAACGUGCUGCCGUUCCAGGAGUUCAUGAUCGCGCCGACGAAGGCUGUGUCGUUCCACGAGGCGCUGCGCAUGGGCUCUGAGGUGUACCACGCGCUGAAGUCGAUCAUCAAGAAGAAGUACGGCCAGGACGCGGUGAACGUGGGCGACGAGGGCGGCUUCGCGCCGCCGAUCAAGCACAUCGACGAGCCGCUGCCGAUCCUGAUGGAGGCGAUCGAGAAGGCGGGCCACAAGGGCAAGUUCGCGAUCUGCAUGGACUGCGCCGCGAGCGAGGCGUACGACGCGAGCAAGAAGAUGUACAACCUGACGUUCAAGAACCCCGAGCCGACGUACGUGUCUGCGGAGAAGCUGCAGGAGACGUACACGCGCUGGGUGGCGGAGUACCCGCUCGUGUCGAUCGAGGACCCCUUCAACGAGGACAACUUCGACGAGUUCGCUGCCAUCACGAAGGCGCUGGAGGGCAAGGCGCAGAUCGUUGGCGACGACCUGACGGUGACGAACGUGGAGCGCGUGAAGAUGGCGAUCGACAAGAAGGCGUGCAACUCGCUGCUGCUGAAGAUCAACCAGAUCGGCACGAUCAGCGAGUCGAUUGCUGCGUCGAAGCUGUGCAUGGCGCACGGGUGGUCGGUGAUGGUGUCGCACCGCAGCGGCGAGACGGAGGACACGUACAUCGCGGACCUGUCCGUUGGCCUGGGCACUGGCCAGAUCAAGACCGGCGCGCCGUGCCGCGGCGAGCGCACUGCGAAGCUGAACCAGCUGCUGCGCAUCGAGGAGGAGCUUGGCGGCAGCGCGAAGUACGGCUAUCCCGGCUGGGCGUAA